AUGGAAAUAAACGCCAGCUCAUGGGAAGACUUCAUUUUAGUAGGCUUCUCAGACUAUCCAAAAGCUGAGUUCAUCAUUUCUCUGUUUGUCUCUGGCUUCUACACCACAACACUCGCAGGCAACACAGCUAUCAUCUUGGUCUCUCUCCAGGACAGUCGACUCCACACCCCUAUGUAUUUCUUCCUCCGAAACCUGUCAUUUCUGGACAUCUGUUUCACCACCUGCACUGUCCCUCAAAUGCUGGUGAACAUCUGGAGUGGUAACAAGAGGAUCAGCUAUGUCGGUUGCACAGUUCAAUAUUCAGUGGCCUUGGCUCUUGGCUCCACAGAAUGUGUGCUUCUUGCUGUCAUGGCUGUUGACCGCUACUUUGCUGUCCUGUGGCCCCUGCGCUAUACUACAAUCAUGCACCAACAGAUCUGCCACAUUCUGGCAGCCGUUUCCUGGCUCUCUGGAUUUGCCAACUCGCUCUUUCAGUCAUCAUUGGCAAUGAUUUUGCCUCUGUGUGGCCACCGACAUGUGGACCAUUUUGUUUGUGAGCUCCUAAUCAUUAUCAAGCUGUCUUGUGCAGACACUGGUCCAAUUGAAUCCAAAAUGUUUAUUGCUCGCCUGAUCAUUCUUGCCAUUCCUGUCUGCACCAUCCUUACGUCCUAUGGCUGUAUUGCUAGGACUGUGAUGAAGAUGCACUCUGCUGAAGGACGACAGAAGGCCUUUGGAACAUGUGCCUCCCACUUGGUGGUUGUCCUGAUGUUCUAUGGAACCAUCAUGUUUACGUAUCUUCAGCCUCAGAAUAACUACUCUAAGAGACAGGGAAUGAUUGUGGCCCUUGUAUAUACCAUUGUUGCUCCCACUCUGAAUCCACUAAUCUAUACCCUGAGGAAUAAAGAUGUAAAGAGGGCAGUGAGAAAAGUUUUUUGUAAGAUUUAG